UCCUGCCUUAAAAGGAAUAUGCGACCAGGGUUUGCUUUCCCGCCAAAUUCACGGGCCCAGCCGCAUUUGUGGAUCGUCUUGGCGCUAACAUACGUCAACAUCAGCUUCUCACCUCAGGAAUUGCAACCCCAACAUAUCCUACCAUAUACCCCGAUCUGAAUCUCCAAGAAGCUCCAAGAAGCUCCAACAAGCUCCAACAAGCUCGGGAAACUUCCAAUUCCGCAUUAUCAAAGCCAUUCUUAGCUUCAACCACAAUCCCAGAACCCACAUCCUUAAUCCCACGACUACAAGAUCCACAACUGCCUAAACCACCCCCCUUGCAUGCCUAAGGGCAAAAACUCCGCUCUCAGCCCCUCCAAACACCAGGGCUACCUCCUCUCUCUCCAUAAUACCAGAAUGUCUCAAUUCCUCCCCCACGCUACGUAUGCUGAAUACCAGCGCCACCCCUACGCCAUCCUGACCGGGCACGUCCUAUACCGAGGUUUUGCGGCCGGUGCCCUCGUCGGCGCCAUUGCACCUUUUCCAAUCAUGAUGUUUCGCCCUCUUAAAUACCCCCUACCUCUCGUGGUCCUGAGGUCCGCGGGUAUGGGAACGGUAGUGGGAACAGGAGUACUGGCGCUGGCGCUGGCGGGACGCAUGUAUGGAAGAGAGGAGAUCGAGUGGAAAGAUCGGAGUUGGCGGUUGUUGGCGAAUAAAGGGCAGGUGGAGGUUGAUACUUGGAGUGGAGUUGGGACGGUGAUGGGGGCGUUGGUGGCGAGGGGGAAGGGGUGGAGGGGCGGUUGGGGGGGCGGGGUUGGGGAAUUUGGUGGGGGUGGGGGGUAUUUGGGGUGGAGGUAUGGGUUUUAUAGGGGGAAGUUUGGGAAGGGGAAGUGGGAGGAGGAUGCGGUGUGAGGGUGUGAGGGUGUGGCGGAAUUGGAAUGUGAAUAUAGUGAGGAUGGAGGCAUGUUAUUGAUAUGGUUGUAGGUGAGGAGAAUGAGGCGUUGAUGGGAAGGCGUUAUUUGGAGGUGGGUGGGAUAUCGCCGCUCAAUUGGUUUGCAUAAUGGAUGGCAACC